AUGGUGUACAAGCUUAUCGCGAAGAUAUUGGCGAACCGGGUAAAGAACAGACUGGAAAGUGUGGUGUCGGCUGGGCAGUUCGGAUUCUUGCACGGCAGGAGUAUUGCUGGCGCGGUGGCGAUUGCGACGGACGUGAUCGAUGUCGCGAACGCUGGGCAAGAAGACUGGCUCAUGCUCCUUGUCGACUUUCGUAAGGCCUUUGACCCAGUGGCGCGAGGGUAUCUGUUUGACAUGCUGCAGAAAAUGGGCUUCCCGGAGGCCUACGUGAAGUGGGUGGAAGGAUUACACCAGGGUGUGGCGACUCGUAUCUGUAACGACGGUUGGCUCGGGGAGGAGGCCUCGGUGCAGACUAGGGUGAGGCAAGGCUGCCCCCUUGCGCCGUACCUCUUCCUGUGCGCGGUGGAGCCCUUCUGCCAAGAGGCAAGGAGGAGGUGGUUAGGAAUUGACAUCAAAGGAGCUGGGAAGCUGACCUACGUGGGGUAUGCAGAUGAUACCACCUUACUGCUGAAGGGCCGCUCGCAGCUCGUGGAUGCUAAGUUGCUGCCCAAGGAGUUCGAGCAGAGGUUGGGGCUGGUGGUGAACUUGGACAAAUCUGUGGUGCUGCCACUGGGGAGUCAGAGUGAUGUACCGCCACCAAUGGCUGGAUCCUUCAAAUGGGCGUCACGGGACGACCCCGAGCACCUGCUGGGGGUCUGGAUCACGCAGGGAGGGGAGGCAAAGCCGUCUUGGAAGAGGGCUUUAAAAAUAAUGGAAGCGGGGUUGAAGAAGUGGGAGGCGAAAUUUCUUACCAGCACGGCGCGGGUAACGGUGGUCAACGCAUACAUCAUGCCCAUAGUGUUAUUCCAAGUGCAGAUUUAUCCUCCGCCGGGCACAAUAUGGGAGGAGCUGAGGAGGUUGUGCCACGCCUUCGUCUCCGGAGGAAGGGCGAGCUUAAAGGCGGGCUUCAUUCUCUGGAGCAAGGAACUCAUGCAACCAAAAAGAGAGGAGAGGGGACUAGGGGCACUGUUGAAAGCACGGGGCAUGGGGAGUGAGCGGUGUAAAGCAAUUGCAGCAUCGGUGAUGGCGUCGCCGGUCGCCAGUAACCUAACAGUAAAAAACAGAUGGGAUAUCGAGAAGGAACGGGUGCUCUUUAACAGGCACAUCCUGCGCGAUGGCAGCUACCCUUUUGGAAGGCGGAAGGGCGAUGAAUGCCUUCGCGGCGUCAUGGUGGGGGACUUGCUUAUGAAGUGGGUGGACGGCAUCAGAAGUUAG